AUGUCAAACACUCAAUCAAAAAUCGAUUCAGUCAAGGAAUUAGAGCAAAAGAAUAAAGAGCUUGAGACUAGGCUUGCAGUAGUGAAACAGAGUUCUGUGACAGUUGAUGGGCAACCACAGAAUGACUCAUGGAGUGAGGAUGCUAGCGCAUCUAAUGAAGCAAUACCAGAGGUAGUGUCAGCUGUUAUUGUACCCAAUUCUCAAAUGGAGCCGUCUCGAAAAAUCUCAUUUCACAUUAAGGUAAAUAAUUCACCAAAAGCAAAG